CCUGGGCUCUUCCACAAAUUCUAAAUCCGACUGCAGACUCACAUAACUAACUACGGCGAAGCUUCGACAUAGUUGAUGAACCUUUUCAAACUUUUGUCGCACGUUUGAGACGUUAUAGGCGUCGAAUCACGGUGAAGGUGAGUUCGAGGGUCGUUUGACGCCUUUGCAGAGGACAAUAGAUGAUCUGACACCGCAGGUGACCAGCGGCACCGACGUACCUGUUGCUUGCCGCCCACAUACCGUGGGUGUCGGCCCUGGCUUAUUGUGUGUGGCACGAGGUAGAGGAGCGUGCGGAGUUGGUAAAUCCGAGGGCAACGGGAAGAUGAGGACAGCAUUGCUUUGUUUCGUGCUCCUGGGGAUGAUGUUGCUGGGAAUUGAGGCGAAGGAUUGUGCUUGUACUGGGAAGUCGAGGUGUCACUGUGAAGGAGUCAAAGGCAAUAAGGGAGAAAAGGGUUACUCAGGAGAGACUGGUCUACCUGGGUCGGUUGGCUAUCCGGGCUCAGAGGGUCACCCUGGAUCAGUGGGACCAAAGGGGGACGUGGGCCCUCAUGGACCUCCAGGACAAUAUGGCAAUCGGGGACCUGAGGGUAAAGAAGGAUUUGCUGGGACACCAGGUCUACCGGGCAUCCCAGGCCUUCAAGGACCAAUGGGCCAACAAGGUGCCUCCGGAUGCAAUGGAACAGAGGGGAAGAGGGGUUCAACUGGUCCACCUGGUCUCCACAGCAGUGAUGGAUUAAGAGGUUCACCUGGAGCACCUGGACCAAAGGGUGAACCUCAAACAAUUGGAAGUGGGCCACCUGGACCUAGAGGAAGAGACGGUGACCAGGGUGUCUCUGGGUCACCAGGACCGACGGGACCACCAGGGGAAGCUGGACUUCUUGGGGUUGAGGGAUUGAUAGGCCUACAUGGAGCACCAGGAUUAAAGGGUCAAGAGGGACGCAGCUCUAGUAUCCCUGGCCCUCGUGGUCUAAAGGGACACCAAGGGCCCCCUGGAGUCCCGGGACCGAAAGGGAUCAAGCUAUACGCCCACGCUCCCUUCGAUAUGAAGGGAGAGAUAGGUGAACUGGGUGAGAAGGGCUGUAAGGGUUCACUUGGUUAUGCUGGCCACAUCCAUUUUAAAGGAGCAAAAGGGGACCAAGGGGACGUUGGUACUGAGGGAAGGCCAGGGAAGGAUGGGGAUCGAGGACCCGCUGGAUAUAAGGGGAGAAAUGGGAAUCACGGUUCAGCAGGUCCUGAUGGAAUCCCUGGACCAUGGGGACAGAAAGGUGGUCAGGGUCAAGAUGGUGACCCCGGGGAGGUGACCAUGAUUGGUGAGGCCGUGUUUGGCUCCGGGGGUGCCAAAGGACAACAAGGGUUCGCUGGCCCUCCAGGUCCCACUGGAGUUACUGGUCCCCCAGGUAGCACCGGUUUCCAGGGGCCUCCUGGAUCUCCAGCUCCUAACUAUGGAGAUGAUCCCUACAAUCGCGGAGCGAUUGGACCUAAAGGAGAUAAAGGAGACCAAGGACCCAUCAUCGACGGCGAGCCAGGCAGAGAGGGCUUUCCAGGAACAACUGGGGAAAGUGGAGACCCUGGACCCCCAGGACCAUCUGGAGACUCAGGAAAUCUUAAGGGCUUUAUAGGACCUCCAGGGGAAAAGGGAGCCAAGGGCUUGACAGGCGAACAAGGGUACAGUGGCCAAUAUGGUUUAAAAGGUCAGAAAGGAGAGGUCUGUAGGUUGUGUACAGGAAAAGGUUCUGGAGAACAGGGACCCCCAGGACCCCCCGGUCAGCCUGGAUUCCCAGGCUUUAAUGCAGGACCAGGGCCCAAAGGAGAGCCAGGAAUCAAAGGCCCAUCAGGACCACCUGGUCAACCGGGUCCCCACGGCCCCUCAGGUGUUCCAGGGCCCCCGGGGAUGAAGGGCAAUCCAGGUUCCCACAACCACCGCGGGAUAAAGGGAGAGAAAGGAUCCCCAGGACUAGCUGGCAGAUCGGGGAAGGAUGGAAAUCACGGGAACACUGGCUUCCCUGGACGCAAGGGCCAACGAGGCCCCAAGGGUGAUCCGUACUAUGGGCCGCCGGGUCUGAAGGGAGAUGGUGGUGUCCCAGGCCCUCCCGGACCACAGGGAUACCAAGGACCAGAUGGGUUGCCAGGUCCAGUAGGCAUAGGAUCUCUUGGCCACCCAGGAUCCAAAGGCAAUAGUGGGGUACCAGGUCUACCUGGCAUAGCUGGCUACCCAGGUCAGAAAGGUGAGCCCAGCAAAAGAGUGGCUUACCAGGGAGUCCCAGGUCCACCAGGACAGAUGGGUCUGCCUGGGUUACAGGGCCCCCCAGGUCCUCGUGGUAGUGUUGGUUUACAUGGACUACAUGGUUACCAGGGGGAGAAAGGAGACAGUGGUGUAUUCUCCACCCUGGGAGGACGAGGACCCACUGGAACGAAAGGUGACAAAGGGCACCCGGGACCCCCAGGUACCUCUGGAAGCGGCUACCCUGGACGACCGGGCACACUGGGAAUCCCUGGGGUUCCAGGGUCAAAGGGUGAUGUUGGGUUUGGGGCCCCAGCUCCAGUCGGCCCUAACGGUUUCCAAGGUGAUGUUGGGGCCCGGGGACCUCCAGGAGACCCAGGGCUACUGGGACGACCAGGGAAUCCAGGACCAAUAGGCCUCAAUGGGUCACCAGGCCCCAAAGGAAGUAAAGGUGGGGUAGGUUCCCAAGGACCACCUGGUUACGCACAUACUGACUGCACAGGAGCCACAACCGGACCACCUGGUCCGCCAGGACCAGCAGGCAGACCCGGACCUCCAGGUUUAAAUGGACAGACGGGUGCGCUUGGGGCCUCUGGCGCUCCAGGUUUUGGACGUUCAGGCCCGGCUGGUGACCCUGGGCCCCCUGGGGUCUCCGGACCCGGAGUGCAGGGACUAGAUGGACAGAAGGGAGGCAGAGGGAGAGAUGGGUUAACAGGCACACCAGGUCCUCGAGGUGAUCCUGGGCUGGAUGGAAGAUCUGGAUCGGGCCCUGACGGAUUCCCUGGAUCUGGAGGACAACCCGGACCCAGAGGGUCGGAUGGCCGUGAUGGGGAUAAAGGCCAUAGAGGUGUACCAGGCCCUGUGGGGGACAAAGGAACCACAGGUCCUUCUGGACCAGCACCUAUCACAGACUUAUAUGGGCUCCCAGGGGACCCUGGACAGCUUGGUCUGCCUGGUUUUCCUGGUGCAAGAGGAGACCCUGGAUAUCCUGGACCAAAAGGCAUUGAUGGGAGGGAUGGUGACCCAGGAAAACAUGGGCCUAUAGGUCCCCCAGGUGAUCGUGGGGCCGAUGACCUAUAUUCAGUAGGAGGACCAGGCCAAUCUGGACCCAGGGGAGAUAUUGGGAGCAUGGGUUUACCGGGUCCCCAUGGAAUAAAGGGAGUUCUGGGUUACCAUGGAGGCCUGGGACAAGACGGUAGACCCGGUCCAUACGGGCCUAAAGGAACUAAAGGAGAGCCCAGUUAUGCUCAACCAGGCCGCAUAGGACCACCUGGACAAAAGGGCGAGCCAGCCUUGUGUAACAGCCAUGGUUCCAAGGGAGAGAGAGGCUCUCCUGGUUGCGCAGGUCGUCCAGGCUCCCAAGGGCCCACUGGAGCCAAAGGAGACCCAGGACAUCAUGGACAUCAUGGACCCCUAGGUCCUGCAGGGCCACCAGGUACCGAUGGUCCUCCAGGCCCCCCAGGACCCACUCCGUCAUAUGGAGCUCCAGGACAACCAGGGUUACCUGGCCCUCCUGGUCUCUUUGGUCCUAAAGGUAACCAGGGUCGCGAUGGCAUUCCUGGACCUGCUGGUCAGAAGGGAGAGACAUUGAUUGUGGGGUCGACUCCUGGCCUACGUGGAGAGAAUGGACAGCCAGGUCCAAAGGGAGAUGUGGGUUUUCCUGGGCCCACUGUUUUGGGGCCCCCAGGGUUUACUGGAGACCAAGGCAUUGAAGGACCCCAAGGUCCUCGUGGUGAGCCAGGGCACCGAGCCGUUUGUCUCAAAGGGCUGAAAGGAGACACUGGUCCUCAUGGCAGACCUGGAAGCCCUGGGCGACGGGGUCCACGGGGACAGCCAGGGUCUGGAGGUGAUGGACAUAAAGGGGACAGAGGAGACACGGGCUCUCCAGGGGGCCGAGGCUUCGACGGGCCCAGAGGGGACCCAGGGCUUCCAGGGCCGUGGGGACCAAGAGCCAUCCCUGGACCUCCAGGACCAAUAGGUGACCCAGGUCAUCCUGGACCUCCAGGAUUCCCCGGUGAGACGGGUGAUCAUAGUUAUAACCCCGGCACGAAAGGACCAAACGGGGCCAAAGGCCGGCCAGGACCACCAGGUCGUCCAGGGCUUGACGUGUCUGGACAAGUGAGAUUCUAUCAAGGGGAUCCAGGCCCACUUGGUCACCCCGGGAAACAAGGACUUCCAGGUCCAAGUGGGCUGCCAGGACGGCCAGGAUUUUCAGGCCCCACGGGCCCGAAGGGUCAGCAUGGACACAGCCCUCCAGGCCUGCCUGGGUUCCCUGGACGCAAGGGGGACAAGGGAUCACCGGGACGGACAGGGCCGGUGGGCUACCAGGGGUCUCCAGGACAGAAGGGUUCUCGUGGCCCGUGGGGCUCCAGCACGGCAGGCCUGGCUGACAGUUUCCUGCUUGCCCGACACAGCCAGACGAUCAGAGUGCCUGACUGCCCCAGAGGUACCACCCUCAUCUACUCUGGAUACUCUCUGCUCUUCAUCAAUGGCAAUGAGAGAGCCCACGGACAAGACCUAGGCUCCAUGGGCAGCUGCCUACCACGUUUCUCCACCAUGCCCUUCUUGUUCUGUGACACGGACAACACCUGUCGCUACGCCGCCCGCAAUGACUACUCCUAUUGGCUGUCGACGGAGAAGCCCAUGCCGCGCAGCAUGGACCUAAUCAGAGGAGAUGAGAUAGGGAGCUACAUCAGCAGGUGUUCAGUGUGUGAGGGCAGCUCCAAUGCCAUCGCCAUCCACAGCCAGACCACCCAGACCCCAGAUUGUCCUCGUGACUGGGAAUCCCUCUGGCCUGGAUACUCCUUUGUCAUGCAAACGGGUGCGGGUGCUGAGGGGUCGGGGCAGCCGCUAGUCUCCCCAGGCUCGUGCCUGGAACACUUCCGCCAGGUCCCCUUCAUCGAGUGCCACGGCCGGGGAACCUGCAACUACUUCCCAGAUUCCUACAGCUACUGGCUGGCCUCGAUCGACCCAAAUCGCAUGUUCAGUAAGCCUGUGCCCCAGACUGUGAAGGGACGUCUUCUAGAGAAUGUCAUCAGUCGCUGCCGCGUCUGCAGGAAACCCUAUUGAACAUUGCCAGGGGCCGGAACAAGAGUUGGGUAAAUUACCAUCGGGAGGAGGGGCUGAGGAGAUUGACUGACAGGUAGUGUAGAUCAGUGGUCAGUAGCACUUUAUUUUAUGGUACUGUUUCCACUAUUAUUUAAUAGAGGUUUAUUUGCUUCAAGAAUUCAAGAAUGGUAUUUUCUUCAAGGAUUCACCACACUUUGUAACUACUUGGUAUUGAAUGGUGCUUAGUAGUGCUUGUUUUAAUGGGGGGAUUUUAUUUGAUUUUUUAUCAAUAAACGAACAACGAAAUGUGACUACGUGGUGCACAUGCACAAACACAAAACAAUAUCCCACAAACACAGGUGGGAAAAAUAGCUACUUAAAUAUGAUCCCCAAUUAGAGACAACGAUUACAAGCUGCCUCUAAUUGGGAAUCAUACAAGACAGAAAUAUUAAACUAGAAUAGCCCCUAGUCACACCCUGACCUACUACACCAUAGAAAAACAAGGGCUCUCUAUGGUCAGGGCGUGACAGCCAUGCAUAUGUUAUUAAUGUGAAAUCACCAUAACAAUACCUUGUUAUUUUCUGUACUGUAAAAUAAAGUGCUACCCUCACUCCGGGUCUUGAAGGGUACGGAUGUGGAACGGUUUUAAUCGUUUUUGUGCGUGAUCACCUUGUCCUCAGCCAUCAGCCAUGUUUCUAAGGAACUGUGUGGUUAGAGUAUGUCCGAAAGAACACCCCAUUAUUGCAAUAUGAUUAUUAUCCCAUCAUUGUUAAAGUCCCAUCAAAGUAACAGUUCAUUUUACACUGACUGAGGCUGUAUGCAGGGUAAUACACUACCACCACCAAACUUUGGUUCAAAUGGCAUUGGUUUUCUUUGAAAAUACUUUAACUGAGAGUGGUAGAGCCUGCCUGGACUGCCAGGUGGCAGGGAUUGCACUUUUGGGACUAUUCCAUUAGUUCGAUUUUACCAGACAAGCUCAAUUGAGUGUUUUGAAACUGUCUAAUACUAUUUUAACCCAUGUCUGGUACCAAGUCCAACAUACAUGGCUGACCAGAGAGACUACUCAUGACCUCCAUACGGGGGUAUUCAGACAGUAGCUUGGUUGGUGUGGUUAAUGACACAGGAAAUAUACUUGCCUUCAUAACACUGUCAUUCAGACUGACAUAAAAUAUGUAAGUCAGACUGACAUAGUUACAGUAUGUCGUUAAAGCUAGAAUCCUUAAUUGAAACCAUAACAAAGCGGUCACCCCAGUUCUGUUUUGGUAUAAAGCUGAGGGAUGGGCCUGGAUAAAUGUAACCACUCUCAAAUUAAUAGACAGAGCUAUGGAUGCAUCAUUGAUAUCAAAAUUCUACUUUUAGCCAUAUUUUGACGCUAUACACAUUUCCACACUGUUGGAACCUUUCCAGUUCAAAAAGGUUCCUUAAAGGAACCCCCGUGUACCUUUUCAAACCGGAACCUUUUUUCCCCUUUUUAAUAACAUACUGUAGAGGUGGUAGCCCAUCAGAACAGUGAAGCCGUGGCUUAUUUGAAGUGUGGCUUUCAGGUAGUUCUUUCAGACGACCGGUUAGAGUAAAUGUAAUUCCUGUUCAUGUUAAGUUUGUACACUGCAACAAAAAAGUCCUUGAAUAUUUAUGCAUAUUACAUAUUCUAAUAAUAAUAACAUUGCUUAUUUAGUAUAGUAAUAAAGUGGUAACUAACCCGCAGCUUGUGUUGGGGUUUGGCGUCUUUUUAUUGUUUUCAUGUGAUGUUUUAUCAACUGCACUCGAUCGUCAGUGUUUAAUCAUAGCAAUUCAGUUGUGGAAAUUUUUAGUAUAUUUGCAAGCACACGUAGACUCAGCUUUGACAAUGCAAACAAGGGAAAUGCGGUGGGAUGCAGUGGUGAUUGAAAGCAAUGAGGAAUAAACUUCCCUUGCCGACUACUCUGCCAAUCAAUGCCCAAUCCUUGAAGGGGAAAGUGGACGAGCUGACGGCUAACCUGCGCUACCUGCAUGACUACCGGGACACCUACAUCCUGGCAAUCACUAAGAGCUGGCUGUAUGAUCGGGUGAAUAACAGCGAUGUGGAGCCAGCUGGUUUCACUAUGAUCAGACAGGAGCGAGACCCUGCUACUAGUAGGAAACAUCACGGUGGUGGUCUGUUUACUUAUCAGGGACCAGACCUUGAACUGCUGUCGGUGCCCCUUCAAUCCCAUUUACCUGCCCUGUGAAUUCCCACAAUUGUUUUGCAACUAUAGAUGUCUGGACUAGGCCUAUAUUUUCAUCGAGGGACGAAAUGAGUAGCCUAUGAAUACAUCAAAAUAACGUCUUUUAUUUCGUUGGUAACCUCUUGUAGAAAAGCAAUUGUACACUCGAGGUUGUGCUGAUCUACAGUACUCUGCUCCUCCUCGUACUCUACCUAUGACCGCUUCACAGACAUGCUAAAAAAAGUUGUUUAACAAGCCCUCUCGUGUACAAUUGCUUUAUUACAUACCGUACAUCCUGAAGCAAACACAGCCAAAGCUUCAAAUAUAAAGGACGGUUUAUUGUACACGGAACUGUUACGCUUGAAAGUUAACAAAACACUUUGUUUAGGAUAUCUACAUAAGUUCAGCAAUUGCACUGAAGUAGAUUGUAAUGAUCGUUGUUGGAAGGAUGGUCAGACCAAGAUGCAGCGUGGGGUAAGUUAAUCAUUUUUAUUUAUGAUAACCGGCACAAAACAAGAAAGAGUAACAAACGAAACGUACAGCUUUGUAGGGCUAAAAAGCAACGAUACAUUUACAUUUACAUUUAAGUCAUUUAGCAGACGCUCUUAUCCAGAGCGACUUAAAAUCAAGAUCCCACAAACAACAGGUGGGAAAAGGCUGCCUAAAUAUUUCUUAUUUCACCUUUAUUUAACCAGGUAGGCUAGUUGAGAACAAGUUCUCAUUUACAACUGCGACCUGGCCAAGAUAAAGCAUAGCAGUGUGAACAGACAACAACACAGGUUACACAUGGACUAAACAAUAAACAAGUCAAUAACAGUAGAAAAAAAAGAAAAAAUAGUCUAUAUACAUUGUGUGCAAAAGGCAUGAGGAGGUAGGCAAAUAAUUACAAUUUAGCAGAUUAACACUGGAGUGAUAAAUGAUCAGAUGGUCAUGUGCAGGUAGAGAUACUGGUGUGCAAAAGAGCAGAAAAGUAAAUAAAUAAAAACAGUAUGGGGAUGAGGUAGGUAAAUUGGGUGGGCUAUUUACCGAUAGACUAUGUACAGCUGCAGCGAUCGGUUAGCUGUUCAGAUAGCAGAUGUUUAAAGUUGGUGAGGGAGAUAAAAGUCUCCAACUUCAGCGAUUUUUGCAAUUCGUUCCAGUCACAGGCAGCAGAGAACUGGAAGGAAAGGCGGCCAAAUGAGGUGUUGGCUUUAGGGAUGAUCAGUGAGAUACACCUGCUGGAGCGCGUGCUACGGGUGGGUGUUGCCAUCGUGACCAGUGAACUGAGAUAAGGCGGAGCUUUACCUAGCAUGUACUUGUAGAUGAACUGUAGCCAGUGGGUCUGGCGACGAAUAUGUAGCGAGGGCCAGCCGACUAGAGCAUACAGGUCGCAGUGGUGGGUGGUAUAAGGUGCUUUAGUAACAAAACGGAUAGCACUGUGAUAAACUGCAUCCAGUUUGCUGAGUAGAGUAUUGGAAGCUAUUUUGUAGAUGACAUCGCCGAAGUCGAGGAUCGGUAGGAUAGUCAGUUUUACUAGGGUAAGUUUGGCGUGGAGUUCUUGGAGUGAAGAAGGCUUUGUUGCGGAAUAGAAAGCCGACUCUAGAUUUGAUUUUAGAUUGGAGAUGUUUGAUAUGAGUCUGGAAGCAGAGUUUACAGUCUAGCCAGACACCUAGGUACUUAUAGAUGUCCACAUAUUCUAGGUCGGAACCAUCCAGGGUGGUGAUGCUAGUCGGGCGUGCGGGUGCAGGCAGUGAACGGUUGAAAAGCAUGCAUUUGGUUUUACUAGCGUUUAAGAGCAGUUGGAAGCCACAGAAAGAGUGUUGUAUGGCAUUGAAGCACGUUUGGAGGUUCGAUAUGAUCCCCGAUCAAAUAUGAUCAAAUAUGAUCCCCAAUCAGAGACAACGAUAGACAGCUGCCUCUGAUUGGGAACUGUACCUGGCCAACAUAGAAACGAAAAACUAGAAUGCCCAACCUAAUCACACCCUGACCUAACCAAAUAGAGAAAUGAAAGGAUCUCUAAGGUCAGGGCGUGACAUAGAUAUUCUAAACAAAGUGUUUUCAUCUAAAAGGAUUUUCAUUGGUGUAAGAUAUUGGUUGUGUUGAAGACAUGGGCCAUUUGUUUUACUGAUCUCAGUAUGUCAAUGUCAGAGUGUCUUGUCAUUUGUGUGGUAUAAAAAAAGAUGAUUGUUUCUAGUCAUGUAAAAUGACAUAGAAUUGCAGGAAAUUCUUUUAGAAAAGGCCAUUUUUUUCUUGGACCCGCAAACCCCUCAGCCCUUGGUAUUCAGGACUAAGCUCCAGGACUAAGUGUUAUGAAACUGUAUUGUGUGUGUAUAUAAGCAUACUUUGUGUUUGGUUAGUUUAAAUUGAAAUGUAUAUGUUUUUCAGGUCUUUUGCCAUUUCAUCAAGUAUGUUUGAUAAUGUGUCUUAGUUAUGCGCUUCAACAAAGGUGCUCUCACAAAAAACAAUGUGAUUUUUGCAUUUACACUAUUUUUUAUUACACUGGUUGCAUGAUGCCAAAUAAACAUUCACUUGGA